GCCCGGCAUAUCCAAAUGCUGGGCGACUGCAUGACCUACCGUGGAGCUGUGUUGGGCAUUAAUCGCUUUGGCAUCAGCCGGAUGCGGACAUCCGCCUUGAUGCUGGCUUCCUUCGAGCGAACCACAGACCUUGUCUUUGACGCCGCAGCGCGCAGCCGCGUGGAUCCUGUGAAGGGCGUCAGCGAGUGCAUCAUCAUGGGCUCGACCAUCAACUUAGGGACGGGACUCUGCAAGCUCCUCUACGACUUCAAUGCACAGGAAGCCCUGGCUCCGCAGACGGCCAAGCAAA